AAUUGCCGUAAGAGCAGGUCACGUGGCAGGGCUUCCUGUAUGCUGUUGCUGCCGGGUGUCCAUGGCCUGCACCCCCAAGCUGUCAGUACAACAGUCAGAGUAGCAGCCAGAGGCUCGGUCCAUGCUGUGCCCCCUAGACAGUGCUGGCAAGGCUGAACAACAAGCCUCUGCAUCUUGACACCUAGGAGAGCAGGGCUAGAGUUUUGCCAGGGUGGAGAACCAUGUUGCGCCGUAAGCCCUCCAACGCCAGCGAGAAGGAGCCCACUCAGAAGAAAAAGCUCUCUCUUCAGCGCUCCAGCAGCUUCAAGGAUUUUGCCAAAUCCAAACCCAGCUCCCCCGUGGUGAGCGAGAAAGAAUUUAAUCUGGAUGAUAAUAUUCCGGAAGAUGACUCAGGUGCCCCUACUCCAGAGGAUGUCGCAAAGAGUGGCAAAAAACUGGGGAAGAAGUGGAGGGCAGUGAUUUCCCGUACUAUGAACAGGAAGAUGGGCAAGAUGAUGGUGAAGGCCCUGUCAGAGGAGAUGGGAGACACACUGGAGGAGGGCUCAGCCUCCCCAACAUCUCCAGACUUUGGCCUGGAAAGUCCUGGACAUGAGAAGAUGGCCUUGGCCUUUUCCGAGCAGGAAGAGCAUGACCUCCCAGUGCUCAUUCGCCAGGCAUCAACAGGUAGUGAACUUUGUAGCCCCAGUCCAAGCUCUGGCAGCUUCGUGGAGGAACCACCAGCCCCUCAGUACACAGGGCCCUUCUGUGGUCGGGCACGAGUCCACACUGACUUCACUCCCAGCCCCUAUGACCAUGAUUCACUGAAACUGCAGAAAGGAGAUGUGAUCCAGAUCAUUGAAAAGCCGCCUGUGGGCACAUGGCUAGGCCUGCUGAAUGGCAAGCUGGGUUCUUUCAAGUUCAUCUAUGUGGAUGUGCUGCCUGAGGAGACCGUGGGGCCUGCCCGCACCAGUCGCCGCCAGAGCAAGGGCAAAAGGCCCAAGCCGAAGACACUGCAUGAACUGCUGGAGCGCAUUGGCCUGGAGGAGCACACAUCCACCUUGCUGCUCAAUGGCUACCAGACACUGGAGGACUUCAAAGAGCUGCGGGAAACACACCUCAAUGAGCUAAAUAUCAUGGACCCACAGCACCGGGCUAAGCUUCUCACAGCUGCAGAGCUGCUACUGGACUAUGACACUGGCAGUGAGGAGGCAGAAGAGGGAACCGAGAGCAGCCAGGAGCCAGUGGCACACACAGUAUCAGAUCCCAAGGUGGACAUCCCGCGUGACUCAGGCUGCUUCGAAGGCUCAGAGAGCGGGCGAGAUGAGGCAGAGCUGGCCAGCACUGAAGAGCAACUACAUGGCCUUUCCCUGGCUGGAGCACCUUGACAUGAAGAAGGCAUGGGCUAGGGCUGGGCCUGAGCUACAGAGGCCACAAGGAUUGAUCCAGUCUCCUAUAAUGGCCUGGACCAGAAGACUGGUGGAAAGCCUGAUCCUUCUUUCCCAGAAGGGCUUAUGGCCAAUAGCCUGGCCAGAGCCCUACAGGCUCAGCUGAAGUGGGUACGGUGUUGUCUAAAGGCACAUCCCACCUGCCCAACCCCUCCUUCCACCAGCAACUGACAGCACAGCCCCCUCCUAGGACCAUCCACUCCCAGGCUUGGCCACACCAAGUGGAAUACCAAGAGAUUUUCUCAUGUCCCUUGUCACCAAGACCCCCAAACCCUUCUCAUUCCCACUCUGCUGCUGUACUGCUCCUACAAAGGGUGCCGAGUCAGUGUUUCAGGUCAUUCUCAAACCCCUAGGGAGGCUGCCCAUUUUGUAGGACGCUUUUUAGAUAUAGGUGAAUCCAGAGUCCCCAAAGGUCUGAAGAAAGUUACAGCUACCAUUUCCACUGUCUUCCUUAACUUCUUAGAGGUUUGGGCCACUGUAUCACUCUGAGACUUGACCCAAGUGGCUAUCCCUUGGACUUCUGACCUUAGGACAGGCUGGGGUUAAAAUGAAUGGCCAUCAAGAGCCUUGUCAGCUCUUCAUCUUUAAGUGUCUACCCUUUUGCUACUUUCAGCCUGCGACACCAGUGGAAUUUAUUGAAGAGCCUGGUGGGGCCUUGGGUUGCAAAUGAAAUGACUUCUGUUCACCUUU